AAGAGCCACCAAAACGGCCGCCACAAUUGCCAGUGCCUCAGCAGCCGCCGCAGCUGGUGCCGUGCCCCUACCGUACGCCGAUCUCCAUCAGCAUCAGCAUCAGCAUCCGCAUUCGCAUACGCAUCCGCACCAUACGCACCACCACUUUGCUAGCACAGCUCCCCUGACCAGCACCGAUAGCUUCAAGCUGCGUUCCGAGGAACCGGUGCCGGGCUUUAGCUCGGCCUCCCCCUGGCCCACGCUCGAGCUGGGGAUGGAGUGGGGACGCAAGCUCUACCCUACCGCCGGGCCCCGGUCCGCCGGCGGCCUAAUGUUCGGCCUGCCGCCCUCAGCCGCCGACAUGAACCAGCCGCGUGGCCCCAUGACCUCGCUCAAGGAGGAGCCGCUGGGCGGACGCUGGGCCAUGCAGCCAGUCGUCGAUCAGACCAACUUGGGCAUUGGCCGCGCCCACUUUGAGAAGCAGCCGCCCAGCAAUUUGCGCAAGUCGAACUUCUUUCACUUUGUGAUCGCCCUCUACGAUCGCGCCGGACAACCCAUCGAGAUCGAGCGCACCGCCUUCAUUGGGUUCAUCGAGAAGGACUCGGAAUCGGAUGCCACCAAAACGAACAAUGGGAUCCAGUAUCGCCUGCAGUUGCUUUAUGCGAAUGGUGCACGCCAGGAGCAGGACAUAUUCGUGCGGCUGAUCGAUUCCGUGACCAAACAGGCCAUCAUCUAUGAGGGUCAGGACAAGAAUCCAGAGAUGUGUCGCGUCCUAUUGACGCACGAAGUCAUGUGCAGUCGCUGCUGUGAUAAGAAGAGCUGUGGCAACCGCAACGAGACGCCAUCGGACCCCGUCAUUAUUGAUCGCUUCUUUCUCAAGUUCUUCUUGAAGUGCAAUCAAAAUUGCUUGAAAAAUGCCGGCAACCCGCGGGACAUGCGCAGAUUCCAGGUGGUCAUCUCCACACAGGUGGCCGUGGACGGACCCCUGCUGGCCAUCUCCGACAACAUGUUUGUGCACAAUAACUCGAAGCACGGACGGAGGGCCAAGCGGCUGGACACCACGGAAGGUACAGGCAACACAUCCCUGUCCAUAUCCGGUCACCCCCUAGCGCCCGACAGUACCUACGAUGGUCUCUAUCCGCCCCUGCCGGUGGCCACGCCCUGCAUCAAGGCGAUCUCCCCGAGCGAGGGCUGGACCACUGGCGGCGCCACAGUCAUCAUUGUGGGCGACAACUUCUUCGAUGGGCUCCAGGUGGUGUUCGGCACGAUGCUCGUGUGGAGUGAGCUGAUCACGUCGCACGCCAUCCGCGUCCAGACCCCGCCCAGGCAUAUACCCGGCGUCGUGGAGGUGACGCUCUCCUACAAGAGCAAGCAGUUCUGCAAGGGAUCGCCCGGACGCUUCGUCUAUGUCUCAGCUCUCAACGAACCCACAAUCGACUACGGAUUCCAGCGCCUGCAGAAGCUCAUCCCACGCCAUCCCGGCGACCCAGAGAAGCUGCAGAAGGAGAUCAUACUGAAGCGGGCCGCCGACCUGGUCGAGGCUCUGUACUCCAUGCCCAGCAGAUCUCCGGGCGGCUCCACCGGCUUCAACUCCUAUGCCGGACAGCUGGCUGUCAGCGUGCAAGACGGCAGCGGCCAGUGGACCGAGGAUGACUACCAGCGCGCCCAAUCGAGCAGCGUGAGUCCACGCGGCGGCUACUGCAGCAGCGCCUCCACACCGCACAGCUCGGGCGGCUCCUACGGCACGUCGGCCACCACGGCAGCGGUGGCAGCCACGGCCAACGGCUAUGCGCCCACACCCAACAUGGGCACGCUCUCCUCCUCGCCGGGCAGCGUCUUCAACUCCACGUCAAUGUCCGCCGUGUCGUCGACGUGGCAUCAGGCGUUCGUGCAGCAUCAUCAUGUGGCCGCCGCACAUCCGCACCACUAUCCGCAUCCCCACCAGCCGUGGCACAAUCCAGCCGUGUCAGCAGCCACGGCGGCGGCCGUUUAAGCAACUGCAGCAGGCAGAAGCUCAUCGAAGAGCCAAUGGAGGAGUCGCACCAGAAGCAGGAGAAGGAUGAGAAGAAGGAACAGCAGGUCUGGAACUGGGAACUGGGAACUGGGAAUGGGCCGGAUAAACGACAUUUUGUUGAAAUUAAAUGCUGCUGAAACACGCCCACCCACACAGACACCAGCCCCCCAACCAACCCACACAGAAAACACAUCUAUCGACGAGGACGCCCCACAAUAAGUGGCUCUGGCUGAGCACUGAACAAAAAAUAAAAACACUUCCACCUACAAAAACAACACAGAAAACACACGAUUAACGGAGUCAGCAGCCUGAGCUUCAAUCCCUUCGCCCUGCCCACCUGCAACACCCAGGGGUACAGCACCAGUCAGCUGGUAACUUCAACCAAAUAAUAUUACUACUAAAUGAGGCUAUUGGCAGGCCAACCAAUAAUCCCCUCCCAAAUCGGAAGCUCGAAAGUGCAAUAAACAGAAAGAAAAC